AUGCUGAUUUACGUUGUGGUUGCGUAUGCCCUGGCUUUGCACUCGGCCGAGUGCUGUAUUAGGACGCGUGUACCUGAGACAACUACCUCUCCGCCACCAACCACAGGUAAUAAAAGCGGAGUGGGCAAUAUAAAAAAAUUACGAGUUUAGUGCCCACCACAACAAGUACUACCACCACCACCACAACGACCACCACCACUACGACGACAACAACCACCACGACAACAACAACUACAACGACCACAACUACAACAACUACGACAACUACAAUACCCGGUAAGCUUUUAAGGCACUUUCAGUCAGGUCAAAAGUGCGACGCUAAAAAUUUUUUGUAAUUUUGCACAUACAGGGUGGUUCAGCCGAAGCUUCCAUCCUUAUUUCAAGUAUUUCUCCGCCAAUAAUGCACUAAUUUUUAUAAAAUUUAUAUCAAAUUGAAGCUGAGGUUCACCAUUUUUUGUCCACCAAAUAUGACGUGCCCAUGUUCAAGGAGGCCCCCGUACUGACCUUUGGCAUUUUCAUUCCAAAUUUUGGAGCCCGAAAUCGGUGAAACUUAGAAAAUUUUUGGAAUGAUUUUCAAUUGAGUUUCUCGGACUUGGAAAAUUUUUGGAUUUCCGGCAAAGACAAAGUCGCCAAAUUUGAUGAAAUUUUAAAAAAAGGUAAGGUGUACAGAAGUACCAAGUGCCAAACAAGCAUAUUUCAUUCCGGCGAGGUACCAAGUCGAACAAAUGAAAACGAAAGCUUUUUUCUCGGGCAAUCCAGGCCUUACAACUUGUUAUUUAUCUUCAGGGUGGAUGUCGUCGUCCACCUAGACAGUUUCGCCCAUUUGUUCGCAUUUUUAAAAAUUUCGAUCAACGAAGCAUGUUAACCCAGAACACAAGAGCAAAUGCCUUGGAGGAUUCCGUUCACUGCCGUCAAUUUUUUCAGCUACUUCUAAAUGUCUUAUUUAGCCAAAGACUCGAAUAUUUUCCAAGUCCGAGAAACUCAAUUGAAAAUCAUUCUAAAAAUUUUCUAAGUUUCACCGAUUUCGGGCUCCAAAAUUUGGAAUGAAAAUGCCAAAGGUCAGUACGGGGGCCUCCUUGAUUGUGGGCACGUCAUAUUUGGUGGACAAAAAAUGGGGAACCUCAGCUUCAAUUUGAUAUAAAUUUUAUAAAAAUUGGUGCAUUAUUGGCGGAGAAAUACUUGAAAUAAUGAUGGAAGCUUCGGCUGAACCACCCUGUACUCUAGGAAUAGGCCACAUAUCAGUUCCUAAAGGUCUUAGCGCUGUAGUGCUCCAACGCGUUGGAACACCUGCAGAGAUAUUUAACAAGAUUCUUUGUAGAUUACACAAAGCGCGGAGAGAGAUCAGAGAGAAAACCCUUUUUUGGCCACAUCGCCACAUCAAUGCCAGUUAAAUUGAGUUUCAUAGCAACACUAUUCGUUAUAGCAGAAAUAAGGUAACUUUUUAUGCCGAGAUUGGCAAAGAAGCGUAAUUUUUUUGCCAAAUUUGGGCCUAAAAAUCAGGCUGAAGAAACAAGAUGAAUUGCUUUAUUUUGUGCCGGACUGCGACGAGGCGAGAGCCAGACAUUUUGCUGCAACAAAUCUACAUUAUUUUCCUGAGGCCAAUGAAAACAGCAAAAAUUGAUUAACCGACUAAGCUAGCCACUGAACAACAAGACAAUUUUAGCGUGCACAGCGCCCGCCAACACAGCCGGAAUCACAAUCGACGAUGUGCAAAACCAGGCUAUCUUCACGUACGCCACACCGACAUCCCACUGCACUUCAUGCGGCAGCGGAACGCGAAGUUUCUACAAUAGCGCCACUGACGCGGGUGCGUCGGACGCACUAAACAACAACGAGGCCGUGUCGGUGGUUCAGUGCGACAAUGCGGCGGAUCUGUGUCUUUGCCAAUCGGACGGCACUUGUUGCACACCAACCGCAACAGCUCCGGACGAAGUGCAGUUGAUACCGUUUUGCGACAACGGAGGUUUGUAAAUAAGCGAUUUACAACAUGUAUUUUAGUUUGUUCGGUGUUCGCCAACUUCCAAGGCGACAGUGGGACCGGCGUGACCUGCGGCGGGACCACAUUCGCAGUAACGGACAGCGACACUGUGAACGACGGGAAUCAUCUGAUGGUGGAUGCCGUCAGCUGCAAUGGCUGCAAUGACAUCCAGAAGGACAAAUGCACCGGACCCAAUGUGGAUGGGGGAACUGCACAAUCAUAG